GAGUAGACUGGAGUGUGAUGUAGUGUAGUAGAGUUGUGUCCCUGUGGCCGCCAUUAAAGGAUGCGACCAAUGUAUUCAAACAAACCAGUGAGACACAGCUGAGCACUGCACAGCCUUUCCUAUUUUAUUUCUACUUUUUAUUCACAACCUUUCACUUUUAAUCGUCAAAAUCUUAACGUUUUAUCUUCGGGAGCCGUACGACGAAGAAAAGGAAACGGGAGAGAUGUUUUAUGAAAUUUAAAUCUGAACUCUUCUGUCUCGAACUGUUUGUUGCUGCCUCGCUUAGCCAGUCAGUUAGCCAGCUAGUCGCUAACUCCAGUUAGCCUAAAGCUAAGCUAGGCUAAAGGGGGAGGGCUAAAUUUACCCCCGCUACCCUCUCGCUGACUGCCGUAAUCGCGUAUUUUUUCAACUAUCGCAUUUGAGGGAUAAAAAUAUCUCUCCGCGGAUCAUGGUAAAUGUGUGGCGUUUAUUCGCGCUGGACGUUUUUAGCGGAUUUUUUAACGCAUUCCUGGUAAGUGAGUAACCUCUAGCGGAGGAACACCACCAGAGCUAAGCUAAUUAGCUCGCUGGACGCGAACCCGUCCUGCUGAUUGUGUCUGGGAGAGAGAGAACCACUCCAAAAUCCAUCACUUUAUUUGUUCCUGGGAUCUGAAAGAGAUGAUGGCUCGCUGGACUGCGGUUUGAUGAUGAGUUCUUGUUUUGUACCCAACGGGGCGAGCUUGGAGGACUGCCACUCCAAUCUCUUCUGUCUGGCUGACCUCACAGGGAUCAAAUGGAAGUGCUUUGUAUGGCAGGGCCCCACCUCGUCCCCCAUCCUCUUCCCAGUGACAGAGGAGGACCCCAUCCUGUGCAGCUUCAGUCGCUGCCUGAAGGCGGAUGUGCUGAGUGUGUGGCGGAGGCACCAGACCCCGGGCCGCCGGGAGCUCUGGAUCUUUUGGUGGGGAGACGACCCCAACUUUGCCGAGCUCGUCCACCGUGACCUCUCCUGUGAUGAGGACGGCGCAUGGGAGAGCGGCCUGACUUAUGAGUGCCGAACGCUGCUCUUCAAAGCCAUCCAUAACCUGUUGGAACGCUGCCUCAUGAACCGAUCUUUCAUUCGAAUCGGCAAGUGGUUUGUCAAGCCCUACGAGAAAGAUGAAAAGCCAAUCAACAAAAGUGAACACCUGUCCUGCUCCUUCACGUUUUUCGUACAUGGAGACAGUAAUGUGUGCACCAGCGUGGAGAUCAACCAGCACCAGCCCGUCUACCUGUUGAGUGAGGAGCACCUGACAUUGGCCCAGCAGAGCAGCAACUCAGUACAAGUGAUUCUCUCUCCUUACGGCUUGAGCGGAUCUCUGACAGGCCAGUCUUUCAAGCUCUCCGACCCACCAACCCAGAAGUUAAUUGAAGAAUGGAAGCAGUUUUAUCCUAUAGGCCCUAACACCAAGGAUGUCACGGAUGACAAGAUGGAUGACCUUGAUUGGGAGGACGAUUCAUUGGCUGCCGUCGAGGUGGUCGUUGCUGGUGUGAGGAUGGUGUACCCAGCCAGCCUGGUGCUGGUGGCCCAGUCUGACAUCCCGGUUGUGGCUACAGUGAGCUCCUCCACCUCUUCUGGCUCUUAUUCAGGAGGUCUGCACAGUCAUGUGGUCCAUGGAGAUGCUGCCAUCUCUUCAGUCACCCUGACUCCUCCCACUUCACCAGAGGAGGCCCAAGCAGUCUUGCAGCCUGCUCAAAAGUGGGUAAAACUCUCAGCGAUGUCAGGCGCCUUCAGUGUGGACAGCAGCAGUCAUCACGGAGGCAAGAUCCCUCGCCGACUAGCCAGCCAAAUGGUGGAGAGAGUCUGGCAAGAGUGCAAUAUUAACCAAGCCCAGAACAAGAGGAAAUUCUCAACCAUCUCCAAUGCAGUAUGUGAAGAGGAAACUGACAAAACUUUUGUUUGGGAAUUUGUCGAGCCAUCUCAAAGGACACAAUGCAAUUGCUCAAGGCUUAAAAACCAGAAGCAGCGUGCAUGUAGCACCCCAGGACAUCCUUCAUCUGCUGGCCAACCUUCUCAGCCCUCCACCAAACACAAGAUGGGGGAGAAGCUGGAAAAGGGGGACAAGCAACAAAAGAGGCCCCAGACUCCCUUUCACCAUCGCAGCUCACUGUGUGAAGAGCCAAACCUUGAACAGAGAGAUGGUGUGCACAGGCUUUGUCUUCAGGGCCAUGAAGAAACUCGCUUCCCCAGCCUCCACCACGCAGACAUCAACACCAGCAAGACCCCUAUGCUGCACGGCUCCACUGACGCGACAGCCAGUUCCCCUCAGCCUCCGCCACUCAGCCCGCACCUCUGCGAGCACGGGGACGAGGUGGCAAACAACUUAAAAAACUCUUCUUCUCCGCUCCACCCUCACUUUUACCCUCCUUCCUCCGAGCCCUGCCUGGUGCCCCAGAAACCCCCAGAUGAUUCUCAUCUGGAACCAAUGCCCCCACCCUACACGCCCGCAUACCCAGAGUCCCUAGAACCCACGGUGUAUGUGGGCUCCGCCAUCAACCCCAAUCAGGACACGACACACAAUCCUUGGAAGUACUUUAGGGUGCCUGGUGGGAGGACAACAGAUUUCCACACGCCUCAACUUCCUGUGGUAACACAGUUUGAGGAGGGUAACCGAGGCCAGGAUACAGUCGUGUCUAUUACAGAAACUAUGUCUUCCUCCAUGAAGCCUCUGAAAGUGUCAGAAGAUCGAGUAAAGAUGUACGAGCAAAAGAAGAAUCAGCAUCUCCUGGCAGCGGUGAGUGACGGAGACCAGGAUCGAGAAUCCGAUCCCUAUGCUUUUGAAGAAGGAGACGAGGAGUUCACCUUCACAGAUAAAGAGAAAAAGCCUGGAGCCGAGAGGGAGGCGGGUAAGAAAAAUAAGAGGGAUGAUGGCAGUUUGUCAUCUGAUGAUGCCCAGGGUGCGGCCGGCAGUAAACCACUUCCCACCACCAGUUUAAUCCACGAGACAGACCUUGUUGUGUCCAUUAAUGACCUGGACAACCUCUUCAACUCUGACGAGGAUGACCUCACGCCUGGAUCCAGAAGAGCUGCCGGUGGCACAGACGAGAAAUUCGGGAAAGAUGUUAAACCCGCAGCGCCUGACCCCCUGCCUUGCUCUGCAGACCUGCACCAGAUGUUCCCAACCCCUCCAUCAUUGGAACAACACAUCAUGGGCUACUCUCCCAUGAACAUGGGCAGUAAAGAAUACAGCAACAUGGAUUCAAUAGCCGGACUGUCUCUCUUGGAUGGGACGACUAUCGGCGGCAACUUCAAGAUGGAGGUGGAGGAGGGUUUCUGUAGCCCUAAACCCUCAGAGAUUAGGGACUUUUCAUUCGUGUUUAAGCCAGAAUCCUGUCAAGCUCUCAUCGGCUGCUCCCUUUACGCCCCGUUGAAGAUGCUGCCUAGCCAGUGCAUGCUUCCCAUCAAGCUUUCAGAGGAGUGUGUUUACCAGCCAAGCUGGACAGUUGGCAAACUGGAGAUGAUGCAGCCGGUGGCAGCCAUGACCUUUUUGAACAAGGACAGUAACAUUCCGAGUGUGGGAAGCGCAGUCGAGCAGGAUCAGAGCUGCACCCCUCAGACACACAACACCUUCAUGUCCAACAGUGCCCCACCCAGCAACAGCGGCACAGGCAUCCUGCCCUCUCCCGCGACCCCUCGAUUCUCUGCACCAACACCACGAACGCCCCGAACCCCACGUACCCCCAGAGGCCCCGCCAGCGUCCAGGGCUCACUUAAAUACGACAACUCGGACCUCUACUCCCCAGCCUCUACGCCUUCCACCUGCAGACCCCUAAACUCCGUGGAGCCGGCCACCGUGCCCUCCAUCCCAGAAGCUCACAGCCUGUACGUCACCCUGAUCCUGUCGGAGUCGGUCAUGAACCUCUUUAAGGACUGCAACUUUGACAGCUGUUGCAUUUGCGUCUGCAACAUGAACAUCACGGGAGCGGACGUGGGUGUUUACAUCAGCGAUCCAAACAUGGAUUCGCAAUACUCCAGCAUGGAUCCCUGCUCGUGUGGUUUUAGUGCUGUUAUGAACCGUCGCUAUGGCAACGGCUCUGGACUGUUCCUGGAGGAUGAGCUGGAUAUUGUGGGCCGGGGUUCGGAUGCCGGUCGAGACGCGGAGAAGCACUUUGAGGCUGUGCGUGCAGCCUCGAGGCAGAGAGGGGCGGUUCUUAAAGAGCACGUUCCGGAUGGUCUCAUCCUCUUGCUGCAGGACCUGUGCACUAACCCUUUCUCUGCCAUCAUCAGACCGGAGCAACUAAGUACCAGCCUCAAGCUUCCCAUCCGCCUGGAGGAGAGGGACUAUUACAGCGAUUGCUAUCUAGCUCUAGAGCACGGCAGGCAGUUUAUGGACAACAUGACUGGAGGAAAAGUCGAUGAGACGCUGGUCAAAAGUUCAUGUUUACACCAGUGGGCGAAACGCAAUGCUUUCGAUAUGAGCAUGCUGUUCUCCCAGGAUGUGCUCAGGAUGCUGUUGUCCCUGCAACCCGUAUUGCAGGAUGCCAUUCAGAAGAAGAGGUCUGUGCGUUCUUGGGGUGUUCAGGGUCCACUCACCUGGCAGCAGUUCCACAAAAUGGCUGGCAGGGGGUCUUACGGCACUGAUGAAUCUCCAGAGCCUCUACCGAUCCCCACCUUACUGGUGGGUUACGAGUUCGACUUUGUUGUCAUGUCGCCUUUCGCUCUGCCAUACUGGGAGAAGCUUCUGCUGGACCCGUACAGCUCCCAUCGGGACAUCGGUUAUAUGGUGGUGUGUCCUGACAACGAGGCUCUGCUGAAUGGAGCCAGGUCUUUCUUCAGAGACCUGACUGCCGUUUAUGAGUCCUGUCGACUCGGUCAGCACAGGCCCAUCUCCAAGAAAUACGCUGAUGGCAUCGUGACCGUAAGCGAUACUACAUCCAAACCUCUAACAGAUCAGCCUCUCAACGACUGGCUCCCAAAAACCAUCAACAACAGCAACGAGGCCUUCACCAAGCUCAGACUCUACACACAAGUGUGCCAAAACGACUUGGCUUCUCAUCUGGCAGCACAGUCUUUGGACAGCUCACUGCUUUCUCAGCGAAACUCUACCAGCUCCAGCAACCCCGUCCCAGCUGCUCAGAACAGCGCCACCACCAACAGCACCUCCAACACAAACACCAGUACCACCACAUCCACCUCCUUUACCUCCUCCUCGUCAUGCUCUCAGGGCAUAGGCAUCUUGCCGUCUGUCAAACCCAAUUCUCUACCUAGCGUUGGCGCUCAGGGCUUGCAAUCCAGCCAACAGAGCGGCGGUCAGAACACAGGGCCUCUGGGAGAGGGAACAUCAACCACCGGCCAACCUCAGGUCCAAUCUGAGCCUCCCGAGAGCACGAUGGAACGAGAAAAGGUGGGUGUGCCGACUGACGGAGACUCACAUGCUGUCACAUACCCUCCUUCCAUAGUGAUCUACAUCGUUAACCCCUUCAGCUAUGAGGAAACAGGAACCAGUUCCAGCGUUUGGACCUUGGGGCUCCUACGCUGUUAUUUGGAAAUGCUUCAGUUACUUCCGCCUCACAUCAGGAAUGCUGUAUACGUGCAAAUAAUACCCAGCCAAUACUUGCUGCAGCCGGUCUGGAGUGAGGAGCGCCACAUAUACGCACAGCAUCUGAAGUCUCUGGCUUUCUCAGUUUACACUCAGUGCAGACGGAGUCUGCCAACCUCUACUAAUGUCAAAACGCUAACAGGCUUUGGCCCUGGCCUGGCCAUUGACACUGCACUACAGAGACCAGAGAGACCAGAGUGUUUACAUCUUUACGCUCCUCCGUUCGUUCUGGCCCCGGUGAAAGACAAGCAGACGGAGUUGGGCGAGACAUUCGGAGAGGCUGCUCAAAAAUACAAAGUGCUAUUUGUGGCGUAUUGCUUGUCACAUGACCAGAGAUGGCUCCUGGCCUCAUGCACCGACCAGUACGGAGAAUUGCUCGAAACCUGCACCAUCAGCAUUGACGUACCCAACAGAGCUCGGAGGAAAAAGGGCUCUGCGCGACGACUGGGCCUUCAUAAACUGUGGGAUUGGUGCCUCGGUCUCGUGCAGAUGACCUCGUUGCCUUGGCGCAUCGUGAUUGGCCGGCUUGGCAGGAUAGGGCACGGGGAGUUACGAGAUUGGAGUAUUUUGUUAAGUAGGCAAAACUUGCAGUCUGUAAGCAGACGACUGAAGGAAAUGUGCAGGAUGUGCGGUAUCUCUGCCGCUGAUAGUCCCAGCAUCCUCAGUACCUGUCUAGUCGCCAUGGAGCCCCAAGCUUCCUUUGUCAUCAUGCCAGACUCAGUGUCCACAGGCUCUGUGUUUGGCCGCAGCACAACUCUAAACAUGCAGACGUCUCAGUUAAACACUCCUCAGGACACCUCCUGCACUCACAUCUUGGUGUUCCCCACGUCUGCCGGCCUCCAGGCCUUCAAUCCUAGCAACGAUGUUACAGAUGGAAUGGGGGGCAUGGAUGGGAUUUUGGAUCUGCUGUCAGAUAAUGAUUUCGUUGAUCCUGAUCUCAUCAACAUAAUACCUAAUUCACCCACCACCUCCCCAGUGCAUUCACCAGGCUCACACUACCACCACGGCGGAGAUGGCAGCAAGGGUCAGGGUACAGACAGGAUGGAGUCUCACGACGAAUCUCCCAACAUCCUACAGCAGCCCUUGGCUCUGGGUUACUUUGUGUCCACGGCUAAAGCCGGUCCACUGCCUGACUGGUUCUGGUCCUCGUGUCCACAGGCGAGAAACCAAUGUCCUGUGUUCCUAAAGGCUUCUCUGCACCUUAAUGUUUCAUCAGUGCAGUCAGAUGAGCUGCUGCACAGUAAACACUCUCACCCGCUGGACUCCAGUCAUACCUCAGAUGUGCUCAGAUUUGUGCUGGAGCAGUACAACGCCCUCUCAUGGCUAACCUGUGACCCAGCAACUCAGGACCGGCGCUCUUGUCUGCCUGUGCACUUUGUUGUGCUCAACCAAAUGUACAAUUUCAUUAUGAACAUGCUCUAACAAAGAAGGGGUUCUGCCAUGAUUUUUUAUAACAGACCCCUUACAAAGAAAACACCACGUCACUGCACUGCCGCCCACAGGCCUCCGUGCCGUGGACACGGCUGGACGAACCAAUUUCAAUCAUACAGCGCACUUAAGGCAAUGCCAGGCUGCCAUUUCUAUGCCAAGUGUCCAUCUCAGAACAACUGGUGGAGGAUGAACUGGUCCCUCAGAAUGAACUUACGUGCCCGUUCAAGUGCAGUUCGGGUCGGGUUUUAUCCGGUUGAAAUGCCUGCAUAUAUCUUAUUUAUUGUAACUUUUUAAAUGUGUAAUUUCUUAAACUUUUAUAUUAUAAAUAUAUUAUAUAUAUAUAUAUAUAUAUACACACAGGGUAAGGUGCAUAUGACCUUCCCAAAUGAAAUGAAAAUGGUUUGUCAUGUAUGUAAUUGUCUUAAUUACAGAACCGACAAGUGAAUUCGCUGUAGGUUUGCUUUUAGAGGAAUAUUUAGAGAAAUAUUUUCUCCAUGAUUUUUACUUUCACAGUGUACAGAUGAAGUAUACAGGAGAUCAUGUUCUUACCUUUGUGUGGUGGGGACUUUAAGACAGACUAAAGCUACAGAAUUCCUGUACAGCAAUUUAAUGUGUUCAAAUAAGAGGACAAGAGGUACAUUGUCGGAAAUAUAUAUAUUUUAUAUCACAGAUUUAGAGAAUUGUGCGUGUAUAUAAAUGUGUACAUACAAACGUGUGCCGCUACGGAUGGUGCAGACAAUGUUUUAGGAAUAAAGUGUGUAAAAUCUAAA